CUUUCAUAUUAGUCUCAAUAUUGUUUUAUUUUAUUUUGCGCUUGGUUGUAAUGACAUAUGUCUGGUGGGUUCAAGGCAGAGGAUUGGACCGAAUGUGUGGCAAGAACUUGAACCCAGCUUGAACGUAGAUGUGAAGACAUGAAGAGUUGAAAUUUUCCGAUUGGAAGUGUGGGGGUUUUACUUGGAUUGGGAAUUCGUCUUUGAAAUUCAAUCCAGUUAAGGAAGAAUACAUACUGCAAUGAAGUGUAAUGCCGUAUCUAUUGCCGUAUUAUAUAACCACCUGAUCCUUCGCUGCUAAACGAGAGAUGAGCCAGAAGUGCAGUGAAGUGGGAGGACACCAACGAGAAAAAUUAAAGUCAAGAGCUUUCGUCCCAGGAAAAUAAGUUACAUGGCUCAAGUGGCUCCCUAAUAGGGAAAAGGCUCCGAACGUGACGUAUGGCAGAAUGCGAAACUGCUUGGAGCGAAAGGAAGGAAGUUGUACAAGAGCGUUUUACUCGUUGCUCGUUUAUGAGAUUGUUUACUUACACCGACACCCCCGUGGUCCUCCCGCGCGGUUCGCGUUGCUCAACGUGAGAAGAAGCCUGAGUCAGCCCGUUGUCGUCGACGACACAUCCUCCUGGCUGCAUCGAGUGCAAGUGUUAAAGUGGAAAAGUGCAUUCAAAAAGGAAACUGCCCGUUGAUGAAAACGGGUGAAUAUCCACUUGUGUACGACUGUCUCCGAGCAUCAAAGGGCAGCGUAAAACUGUGUGCAGUUAUGGAAAAAAUGAGUGGAUAGCCAUAAGGAGGAGCAACUUUUAACCCAUCAUAAACAUAAAAGUAGCAGUGGGGUUGUGGAUGUCCUAUUUCAUUUUGUUCGCAACACCACCUAGCCUAACAUUCCCCAUAGCAAUAAACGUGAUAAUCCUCGAGUUUAAGUGAGCUUUCCGUUUUAUGUUGCUUUUCGCGUUCCCCCCUACAACGGACAGAAGACGUCCAUGUCCCACCACUAAACGCAAAGUGUUCCGCUGACUGAAACCGGUGAAAAGUGUGCGUGUGAGUGAUUAUAUCUACAACACAUUCCAAGAGUAACGAAAAUCCCACCCCGAAGCCAACUGAGGCGAUAAAGUGACCUCUCUGUGCCGCCGUUGCCGUCGUCAUGGCCGGUCCGCACUUCGACGAGUCCACGGUGACGACCCCGUCCAUAACCGGUGGGGUCGUCGUCAACACGGCAUCGCUCAGCCUUUCACGGCCAACGAAUUACGACAGCUCCAUUUGCACGAUCGAUGAUUUCAUAUCCCACCUGCAGCACAAAGAUCUGGAAAACGAUGUCUCCAAGUACUUGAGCCACAACAAGCGACCGCUGUGCCGCCGGGUGUUCAACUACCUGCGAACCGCCUGGAUGGGAGCAAAGUUUUCCUCGAGUUCUGAUUGCGAGCUCGAGGAAAUCGUGGCCCCACCGAAGUACCGGCCGGAAUCCAUUGCGGCGCUGUGUGCCGCAACACGGUUCACCGAGUCGGAAAUCAAACGCAUCUACCGAGGCUUCAAGGCGGAGUGCCCGGCCGGGAUCAUCCGGGAGGAGACGUUUAAAUUUAUUUAUUCGCAGUUCUUCCCCCAGGGAGCUAAUACAGGUCUAUAUGCCCAUUAUGUGUUCAACACCUUAGAUAAGGACCAUACAGGAAUUCUCAGCUUUGAGAACUUUGUGCAAGGUCUAUCGAUUCUGUCCAGGGGUACGUUGGAGGAGAAACUUUGCUGGACUUUCUCGCUGUAUGAUAUCAACCACGACGGGAAGAUAACCCGAGAGGAAAUGACUGACAUCGUGACAGCCAUCUACGAACUGAUGGGUGAGCGCGAGGAUGGCGGCACCGAUGAUGUGCAAAUUAAGAACAAAGUCGACAUAAUUUUUCAGAAAAUGGACUCCAACCGCGAUGGAGUGAUAACGAUAGAGGAAUUCCUAGACUGCUGUCGGAAGGAUAAAAUAAUUUCCGAUUCAAUGAGCGUAUUCGACUCAACCAUAUGACCUUUGGAGAAGCUACACACGCUGCCGGCGUACGUUGUAGAUCGAAACCCCACUGCAGAUACCACCGAGAGUAUGAACGGCUAUAGUCAGCAGACUGAUUUCUACAAGUCGGACGCAUCCAACGGACCAAGGACAGAGGAAAACCAAAAGACUGCCACCGUUCCCAAAUCACAAACGUCUGCCAGCACCAACCAGCUCAGCAAGUCCACCCGAGCCAGCAACCGCAAGCAAUCGAUCCUG